CUAAUAAAUAUAAAUAUAGAUAGUAAAUGAAUUUGUACAUAUACAAUACAACCAUAUAUUUUGUUCACACCCAUACUGGUACUAGGCAACUGGUUUGUUCACACCUGACUUGGCAAAGUCAACACAAAGUCAAUGCGGUCAACUAUUGCAACUUCCCAGUAAGUGUUUGAUCAAAUCUUUAUUACCGACCAUUCCCACCAUAUUCCAUAAACAAAAACAAAAAAAAUCAAAGGAUGCAGUUACAUCCAAUUUCAAUUCCUCUGCUACUUCUCUUCUUCCUCAAUGCAUUUACACUUACAUCAACCACUGCUAGCAACAACAACCAAGCUACCGCCACAAGCCGAUUUUCGAUUAACUGCGGCUCGUUCGGCACUUCUGCAGCUCUCAAUGGCAAGAAAUGGACCGGAGAUUCACAGCCAAAAUCUCCUCCUUUGCUACAAAUAAAGGGCAAAUCAACCACCUCAUCUCUCAUCCACAAAUUAAUCUCUACAGAUCCAAUUCCGUACAAAACUUCAAGAAUCUCUCAUUCCCAAUUCUCCUAUGUAUUCCAAGUCAACCCGGGUCAGAAAAUUCUCCGACUUCAUUUUAACCCGUCUCCGUAUAAAGGUUUCAAACGGUUUACGGACUUAUUCACCGUCGAGGCAGGACGUUUUGUCCUGCUAAAUAACUUCAGUGCUUCAUUAGCAGCUGCUGCUCUUGGUGUGAACUCUUUCUCCAAGGAAUUCUGUUUAAGCAUAGAACAAAAUCAAGGACUGAACGUAACUUUCUCUCCUACUGAGAGUACACAGUCACAAGAUAGUACAACUUACGCUUUCAUUAAUGGGAUUGAAGUUAUCUCAGUCCCUAUGCAUCUUUCUUACUUCAAUGAAGGUGGAGAAAAAUUCGGAGCAGCCCAAGUGGUCGGCCGAAAGUCGGUGGUCUAUAUUGACAACGGCACUGCACUUGAGUUGAUUCACCGGUUGAAUAUCAAACGGGAGUUUGCUUCGUCGAACGAUGAUUUUGAUGAUAUGUUUGGGAUGUGGGGUCCUCCUCCGAAACCGAAAGCAACUGAGAUCGAUAAUCUUGCGUGGAAAAAGCCGGUGGAUGUUGGAUUUAGGUACUUGGUUAGAAUACAUUUCGGAGACUUGGGACUCAAGACAGUUGAGAACUUUGAAAUUUUUAUUAAUGAAAUGAAUGUUGAUACGAAAAUGGAUGUAGUGAAAGAAAGGGAUGAACGUAGCUUCUUCGUAUGGUAUAGGGACUACAUGGUGGUGAUGAGAGGUCAAAAGAAAGAGGGAAAACGGGAUCUCUCGAUUUCCAUCCAAUCGUACGAUGGAUUUAUGAUCGACGAAAAUAAAAUCGUUAAAGGAUUUGAAAUAUUCAAGCUGAGCAACCCGGAUAACAGCCUCGCCAGCCCAAAUGCCGCCUUGCUUCCGCCAAAAGAAUCGCCACCCUGGAUCAUGCAAAACAUACUCUCAGUUCUUGGUCACAGAGACGCCAUUGUUACGGUUGUAAUAGUUAUACUUUCUGUCGUAAAUAUCAUUGUUUAUAAAAUGCAAGAUAUUUGGGAAACUAGUAGCACUACAGAGGAGGAAAACAAACCGUCGGCCAGGGCUGAGCGGCUCUGCCGCCGCUUUUCACUGGCGGAGAUCCGAUCAGCCACCGAAAACUUCAGCCGUGCACUAGUCAUUGGAAGAGGUGGAUUCGGCAAAGUGUACAGAGGGCUUAUCGACAACGGGAGAGAAUAUGUUGCUAUAAAGCGGCUCAAAUCGAACUCGAAGCAAGGGAAGCACGAGUUUCUGACGGAGAUCGAAACACUAUCCGAGCUCCGUCACAUUAAUCUCGUCUCUCUAAUUGGCUACUGCAGCGAGCGAAGAGAAAUGAUUCUCGUUUACGAGUACAUGGCAAGUGGUACAUUAUCCGACCACCUCUACAAACUCGAAAGAGAGGGCUUUAGCUGUUCUUCUCUGACAUGGAAGCAGCGUCUUAAUAUCUGCAUUGGAGCUGGUCGAGGACUAGACUAUCUUCACACGGGCCAUGGAGUCAUACACCGUGAUGUCAAGUCUUCGAACAUUCUCCUGGACGAAAAUUUUGUGGCCAAGGUUUCGGAUUUUGGUUUGGCGAAACAUGAAAGUCGAAGCAAAUUACAGAGCCAUAUUAGCACAAAGGUUAAGGGCACGUUUGGGUACUUCGAUCCAUAUUAUUAUAGCACCCAUAAAUUGACGAGGAAAAGUGACACGUAUGCGUACGGUGUGGUGUUGUUGGAAGUACUGUGUGGAAGACCAGCUUUGGAUCCAAUGGUUGGAGAGGAUAAGUAUCUUUUGACAAAAUGGGCUCGAAAUGGAAUUAGUAAAGGAGAGGUUGAUCAGAUAGUUGAUUCGAGUUUAGUCGAGGAAAUCUCACCACAUAGCUUGAAGGUAUUUGUUGAAAUUGUUGAAAUGUGCUUACAUGACGAACCGAAAAAACGGCCAAGAAUGUCUCAGGUAGUUGUACGACUUGAGUUUGCACUUGAGCAGCAGGAUAACAUAAUAAUAUCAUCGGUACCGAAUCAGAUAACUAUUGUUGCUGAUGAAGUCGGUCCAUCGAAUAAAGAAAAUGCUUCGUCAGUUAGCACUGAGCAACCAAUAGUAGUAGCCUCUGAACACGUGCAGACUCUUAUAUCUCUACCUAAAGAAAAAACAAACCGGAAAUUGAGAAAAUCGAAAAUAUAUAAGCCGUUACGGUUUUGGACAUGGGAUGCAUUUUGGAACAAGGUCAAGCCAGCUAAGAAAAAAGAACCCAGCUUACUAUCAGGAAUUUUGGAAGCAGAUAUAAACUUGCCGAAGUUCGACCUGGCCACGAUCACAGCUGCCACUAACCAGUUCUCCACUUCACAUAGGGUUGGACAUGGUGGAUUUGGUUAUGUUUAUAAGGCUGUAUUACCUACAGGAAACACAGUAGCAGUUAAAAGAUUUUCAUAUUCAAGGACAGCCGUCCAUCAGUUCGAUAGCGAGCUUCUAUUGGUUUCCACUCUCCACCAUAACAACAUCAUUAAACUAAUCGGGUACUGCAUUCACGAAGGAGGGAUUCUUUUAUACGAGUUUAUGGAAAACGGAAGUCUAGACAAGUUUAUAUUUGAUAAACUACGGAGUCAUCAGCUUACAUGGUCACUGCGCUUCAAAAUCAUCACUGGUGUUGCUAAAGGAGUUGUUUAUCUUCAUCGAGAUUCGGGGUUGAGAAUUAUACACAGAGAUCUCAAAUCCACCAAUAUUUUACUGGACACCGAAAUGAACCCAAAGAUUUCAGGCUUUGGGUUUGACAGAAAAUUUGAAGAUGAUCAAUCUGAAGUGGAAACAAAAAUUGCCGGCACCUUAGGUUAUUUGGCUCCAGAAUAUAUGAUGGAAGGGAGACUUUCAGAUAAGGUAGAUGUGUUUAGCUUUGGACUUAUUGUGCUCGAGACUUUGAGCGGGAUGAGAAAUGUGGGACACGGCCUACACCUCAUUGAACAAGCAUGGAAGCUGUGGAAAGAAGGGAAAGCAUUAGACCUGGUAGACGAAUCCAUUAGAGGGGGAGUUUCGGAGGAUGAAGCACUGAGAUGUAUACAGGUCGGUCUUCUAUGCACCGAAUACGAUCCGAAUCAUCGGCCAACAAUGGCUUCCGUGCUUAAGAUGUUGCUCGGAGAAGAUUUAUCCCUACAAGAGAAAAUAACCGAAAGAUCAGCUUCUCAUAAUGCCGUUAUCGAAAAUGAAGAUCCGGUUAACUCGAGGAAUUCAAACCCAAUGUUAUCAUUUUUGUUUCCAGAACUUGUCAAGAAUGAAGAUAACAAUGACAGUACUGCAACUUUCGAAUACGACUCCGAAUUGGAAAGGUGAGCUCUGUUUAUGCUGCAUUGUUCGUUCUACUCGUGCUGGAGUAUUUUGCUACACUUCUUUUUCCUUUGCUUUUGCUUUUGUCUCACUUUGGAUGUGGCAUUUAAUCAAACACAUUGACUGCAUAUUCCAUAGAAUCACACUACAGCAUCAGAAGCAACAAAAUUUGCGAUCACUGUAAUGUAAGAAUCGAAAAAUAAAUUAGAUUGGGGGAAACCUAAUGCAAAAUCAGUUGGUGGAUUUAUGCUAUAUAAUUUGUUUUGAAUGCUCGGUUCCUAAUCCCAGGUAUUUUGAC